AUGGCUGGGCUGCCCCGCAGGAUUAUCAAGGAAACCCAGCGUUUGCUGGCAGAACCAGUUCCUGGCAUUAAAGCAGAACCAGAUGAGAGCAACGCCCGUUAUUUUCAUGUGGUCAUUGCUGGCCCCCAGGAUUCCCCCUUUGAGGGAGGGACUUUUAAGCUUGAACUAUUCCUACCAGAAAAAUACCCGAUGGCAGCCCCUAAAGUACGUUUCAUGACCAAAAUUUAUCAUCCUAACGUAGACAAGUUGGGAAGAAUAUGUUUAGAUAUUUUGAAAGAUAAGUGGUCCCCAGCACUGCAGAUCCACACAGUUCUGCUAUCGAUCCAGGCUUUGUUAAGUGCUCCCAAUCCAGAUGAUCCAUUAGCAAAUGAUGUAGCGGAGCAGUGGAAGACCAACGAAGCCCAAGCCAUAGAAACAGCUAGAGCAUGGACUAGGCUAUAUGCCAUGAAUAAUAUAUAAAAUCGAUCUGAUCAUCAAGUGUGCAUCACUUCUCCUGUUCUGCCAAGACUUCUUCCUUUUUUGUUUGCAUUUAAUGGACACAGUCUUAGAAACAUUACAGAAUAAAAGCCCAGACAUCUUCAGUCCUUUGGUGAUU